AUGGGUCCAAACUCUGGCGGUGGUCGCAGGAACCAAGGGGCCUCCAAUGUUCCCACUCGAGCUAUUUUCAGCAACAAGGGGCUCGCCUCCGGCAAGGGAAAGGAUGGAAAAGGCAAAGAGAAGGGCAAGCGCGAGCCGCGGCAGAAUUUUCAGUCUCAGAAAGAGAUGGACAAGGCCAAAGGCAAAGGAAAGACUUCCAGCAAUCUCUCGCCAGCCGAAGCACACAUUGCGGCGGCAGCAGCACGUGCCAGUGGUGGGAUCCAACAGGAAGCCAUCUCGAUUUGGGAACGGGGCGUUGAUCCAUCUUACAUCCACGGAUGCUUCUACUUGACACGGGAUGACCACUUGGCCUUGGAACCUUUGUUAACCCCGCUUGCAGAGGCCGUGGAGGAGACAGUGGAGCAACUAUCCUCAGACACUGUGGAGACAGCUCAGGAUCACUUGAAGGAGCUGGGCUUCCAGUCCUCUCAAUCCAAUACCGCACUUGGUGUGGUUGGUCCACGGUUGAGCAAAGAAUGCCGUGAGCGAGACCUCUCCGUGACAGACAAAGCAGCGGCCGAGAGAGCUUUGGAAUAUAUGUGCUGCACCUCCGCUGAGGGUGAGCUACCCUCCAAGUUGCGAGAGCCACGUGAAGUCACUGCAGCGCGGAAGCUUCAAGAGGAGCGGAACGUGUCCUUCCAGACCAAAGCGUUGCUACAGGGCGGGCAAAUCGAGGGUACGUUCAUUACACGAAUCGAGAAACUGGGUUUCAGCCGUGCGAGAGCAAUCCAGGCCUUGGCUGAAGCUCCCGAUCAUCAACUGCUGCCAGCUGUGAAGUCGUUGCUUUCCGAAUUCCUGCCCUUGGAUCUUCCACCAGGCGUAGAUGCAGAUUCGGUUGUACCUGCUUCUGCAGAGGAGCUCAAUGAUGAGAUAGAGGCUAUGCGCAGCAUCUACGGGGACGAUGAAGUGCAGACAUUUGGCCAGGCUGGACUUGAUGGCUUCGAACUGCUGGUGAAGCUUCCAGCUGUCAGCGGCGGUGGCCGGUGGACUAUGGCUUUCAUGAUCCCAGGUGGUCUCUUGUAUCCGCACGUGUCCCCAUUGUUGUGCCCUCGGCAUGAGCGUUUGCGAGAGGCCAACCGUCCACGGUUGAUGGAGGCACUUGGAGAAAUCUGUCAGCAAGCGCUUGGAUCUCCGAUGAUUUUCAUCCUUUGUGAGUGGUUGCAAGAAAAUGGACCUCGUUUCUUGGUGCGCGGGGAGGUCGAAAAGCAGGAGACUCCUGACUCAGAGGCAGUGCGUAUAUCGCAGCGUGACAAUGCGGUGAAUCGGGCAAUGGAGGAAUCUCAAGCCAAGGCGCAGCAGGAUGAAGAGGCUGCUUCUGAAAGAUCAAAGAGAUGCGAGUAUUUGCAGCAACUGAUGGCAGAGGAAUCCAAACCUAAAGACAAGAUCGCAGCGGAAAUCCGUGCCACUCCAGAAACUGCGCAGUUUGAUCUCGCUGGCUACGACGAGCCACAGGUCAAAGCCUUGGUCAAGGAGGCUUUUGGAACACCAUUUGACAUCAGCAAGAUGAUCAGAGUUACCUUCAUCGUUGGAGGAGGCAAAGCGAUCCGUGGCAAGUAUAGUGAGAGCCUGGCACGAGUCUUCGGAACUGCCUUGCAGGACUUGGGCUUCAACCAAGACUCUGCUGCAAGCUGCGACUUGAUGAGUGCUGGGAGCUUCAAAGGACAGCAUGACACACAACGAAAUCUGAAGCUUGUGCAUGUGUUUCCAAAGGUGAAUGCCAAUGGAAUUGUUGCACCGCGAUCUGGAGGACCUGAAACUGUCGCAGAGACCUGCCAGCGCGUAGUCAGUCUGCCGUGGACAGAAUUCGUGGAGGAAGUUGGCCCUUGGAUUCGAUCCAGAGAUUCAGCCAAGAUCCAGGCCUUGCUGGUUCUGCUAGAAGAACUACUGGAGGAACUGCAGGAGACGGAGCUGUCCUUCCAACAGGGCAAGCAGGUGUCCGAGCCACGGCGAAGGCGAUAUGACGAAUUUGGAAGCUCUGAUGAAGUUUCUGAGCGGCUUCGCUGGCUACGCAAUGGCCUGGAAUCUUCCCAACAAGUUACUGUCAAGGCGAGUGAAGGUGAUGUUGAUGGGGCCACACUCGCCUUCGAUGCCCCAUCGUUGACAACUCGUUUGCAGGAGGCUCCGCUGCCUGAAGCUUCUCAAGGUACAGAGGAAGUCAACGAUGAUCUCUGGCUUCAACGCCGGCUGGAACAGACUAGGAACGAGAGUGACAAGCUGAAGAAGGAGCUUUCAUCCAACCGGCCUUUGCAAGCAAUACGCGAGUCGUUGCCAGCUUAUGCACAGAGGUCUGCGAUCCAAGAAGCAGUGCAAGAUUCGCCUGUGGUGGUAAUUGAAGGCGACACCGGUUGCGGGAAGUCGACGCAGGUUCCACAGUUCAUUUUUGAGGAUUGGCUUGUCAAGGGUCAUGCUGGAGCAGCAAACAUCAUCAUGACGCAGCCACGACGGAUCAGUGCCAUUGGAGUUGCGGAUCGCAUUGCCAAUGAAAUGAACACAGGACUUGGUGAUUUAGUGGGCUACGCUAUCCGGUUGGAGUCCAAACGAUCCUUUCGAACCAAGAUCUUGGUUUGCACCACAGGCGUACUUCUUCGUCGCUUGGAGAAUGACCCUCAGCUGCACAAUGUCACGCACAUAAUCGUGGACGAAUGCCAUGAGAGAGAUCUGGACACUGAUUUCUUGCUCAUCAUUCUGCGGGAUCUUUUGCCAAAAAGACCCCGUUUAAGGAUCGUACUGAUGUCCGCAACGAUCAACGCUCAGAUUUUCAAGGACUACUUUCCUGGAUGCAAAUCAGUGUCAAUUCCCGGCCGAACGUUUCCUGUGAAGUCCUACUACCUUGAACAUGCGUUGAUGCACACGAAUCUCGUUAUUGAGCCGAACUCGGAGUACUGUCGCAAGGACAUUGAUCCGGUGAUGACCUACCAAGAGGAACAAGAACUCAGGCAAGUUUAUGAAAAGCCAGAACACAUCGAACUUCUCGGAUCUGAAGCGCCAUCGAAGCAUGUACUGCAGCAGCUCCAUCGUUUUGAUCCAGAAAAGAUCAACUUCGAGCUUGUAGCACAAGUCGUUCGUCACAUCCAUCUUCAGGUUGACCCUUGCAAGGAUGGCAAAUCGCCUGGAGCCAUUUUGGUCUUCGUCCCGGGACUCAGAGAGAUCAAAAAGGCCAUUCGCUGCAUCUCCGAGGAGGCAGAUGGAAAAGGAAAAGGGCGGGGCUCCUUUGAGGAGAGCCGAGGUGGAAGCGUGAAAGGCGGCAAAGGCGGGCCUGAAGUUACAAAAGAUGGGCUAUGGGUCCUACCAUUGCACUCUAUGAUCAGUGUGAGCGAGCAACGUUUAGUUUUCAAACGGCCUCCCACUCGUGCUCGCAAGGUGGUCGUCACGACGAACAUCGCGGAAACGUCCAUCACAAUUGACGAUGUGGAGUACGUAGUUGACUGUGGACGCCACAAGCAGACAAAAUAUGACCCCCAGAACCGCAUUUCGAUGCUCGUAGACUGCGUGGAAACGAAGGCAAAUGCCAAGCAACGCCGAGGAAGAGCAGGUCGUGUGAAGCCAGGCGUGUGCUACCAUUUAGUGAAUGUGCGUCGAUGGCGGCGAAUGGAGGACUUCGAGAAACCCGAGAUGCUCAGGGUGCCUCUCGACUCCCUUUGCUUGAGGGUGUCGCUGAUGGGUUUGGGUCAUCCGGCGAAGAUUUUGGCCAAGGCAAUCACACCACCUACGGAUGCUGCAGUAUUGUCCUCUUUACAACAGCUUGUGGAGCUCAGUGCAGUGGAGCUUCGGGAGAAGGUGGCAGCUGAUGAAGAGAUUGGUGCCAGGGGCUGGGACAAGGACGAUCAGCAGCGGUUGUUGAAAGCAAAGCUGCGCCUCACACCUCUGGGAAACCACUUGGCUCAACUUCCCGUGGAUGCUGGUUGUGCCAAGCUUCUGGUACUGGGUUGCAUUUUUGGCAUUCCUCGUGACGUUUGUACUCUUGCAGCAGCACUGUCAGUGAAGUCGCCAUUUGCAGUCAAUGCAGAUGGUAAGGGCGGCGGCAAAGGAGCGAGUGAACAACGAAAGUUGGAGUUCGCUGGAGACCUGGAAAGUGACCAGUUGCUCUUGGUGAAGCUUUUCGAACGCUGGGAACAACUCGGUCGACAUUCUCAGCAAGCACGAUCAUGGUGUCGUGAAAACGGUCUAGACAUUCAAGCGUUUGAAACAGUGUCUGACAUGCGGCGCCACCUUCUUGGAAUUCUGGUUGAACAAGGAUUCGCCACCCACGAGCAGACGGAAGUUUCUGAGAGGCCCAGCGCCAAGGGAUCUCUAAUGCCUGCGUGUUUGUCGAGCCUCAUCCAUGCAAAGGAGGAGUUUGACCGUCGACGUUUUCAGUUGUUACGAGCGCUGCUGUGUGCAGCUCUGUGGCCCAAUGUGAUGCUCUUGAAAGACAAUGGUACCCUUUUUGCUCGAAAUUCCGGCACCCUGGGAUUCCACACUUCGAGUGUAUUGGCCUUGAUGACGGAUCAAAGCUCAAAUGAUGGCUCUGGCGACUGGACUUGCCCGCAAUGCCAGUUCUACAACUUUGCAAGUCGACAGGAGUGCAAAAGCUGCUGGGCCCCACGGUCCUCCUCUCCACCAAAAAGAAAGGUCAGGCCGCCACAGCAUCGGGCAUUUAUGUUUUCCGAGAAAGUGCGCUCUCUUGGAAGCGGUCCAGGCCAAAAGGCGCAGACGCUUUGUCGCGACUGCUGCGGUGUUUCUUUGAAGGCAUUGUUUUUGCUGGGCCAUCGAGUUGAAGUUGACUUUCUCAAAGGCAGAAUGUCUAUGGAUGGCUGGAUCCACUGUCAGGCAGCGCCCCGCGAUGCUUCAAUGCUUUUAGGCAUGCGACGUCGUUUACAGGAUGUCCUCACCCGCCGAUUGGCCAGAAAAACUGGUCUCUCUGCAGAAGAUGUGGAGGUGGUAAACGUGAUGACCCAGAUUCUCGUUUUAGACAUUGAAACAUAG